UAAUGGAAAUUUAACUGUUCAUUACCACGCCUACCGAAACGAAACUAUUUAAUAAAAACAAUAACAUAUUAUUUUCUAGUGAAAUAAUAUUAACUCCGAUACAUCAGUACCAAUUUAAUUUAUCCUAAAUAUUAGUAAUAAAUUAGCGGAGAAGUGUAAAAACAGAAACCGAAGAACGAUGAUUUAAUGGUGACGAAACCAAACAAGGCGCACCUAUUUUCUUUUGUGCAUCUGUUCACUCUGCGGCAGUACAUUACCGAAUGAAUAAUCGUUAUAAUGCUUGUGUUUCUUGUUUAAAUUAGGCUGAUUAUAUUUUCGAUCUAGCAAGAAGAAAUACGAAAUAUGAAGGCUGCAGGUUGCUUCCUUCUUUUGUUCCUAGCUUAUUUUAGUAAUUGUUGUACUGCUCGAGAAGUUCCUUCACCACCACUUAUAGUGAAACAACCUCCCACCGACGAAGUUUUAUUUCAAGUAGAGAAAAAUGGAGAGAACAACAUCCCAUUUUACAUUGAAUGUGAGGCACAAGGAGAACCAGCACCCAAAUACUAUUGGAUGAAAAACGGUAAAAAAUUCGACUGGCAAGCAUAUGACGACCGUAUCUCACAACAAACAGGUCGUGGUACUUUGGCUAUUUCCAGACCAGCUGAGGUCGAUAUUGGCCAGUACCAAUGUUUCGCUCAAAACGAAUAUGGCACGGCUACUUCCAAUUCUGUGUUCAUGAGAAAAGCUGAGCUUAACUCGUUUAAACAUGCUCAACCGGCGAACGUCCAGGGUGUUGAAGGUGAGCCUGCCAGUUUAACUUGUGAACCUCCAACUGGUUGGCCAAAACCAGAAGUCCACUGGAUCUUAUUAUACUCAAACGGCGCAUUAAAGACUAUUAAUUCUUCUAGAAUGACCUUAGAUCCUGAAGGGAACCUUUGGUUUUCCAAUUUGACAAUGGCAGAUGCUUCUGACGGGUUCAUGUAUGCUUGCGCCGCUACUAGUGCGAUCCAACAUGAAUACAAGUAUGGAAAUCGGGUUUUGCUAAAUGUUGUUCCUGCUGGGGUGUCUGCUACUUUAAACAAAGUACCACCUACACAACAAUAUGUCAGCAGAAAGAAUGAGGUUGGACAUAGAGGAAAGAAGAUUGAAUUAUUUUGUAUAUUUGGAGGAACGCCGUUACCACAAACAGUAUGGUACAAAGACGGCAAACCGAUCCGAUCUAUGGACAGAAUAACACAGGGACACUACGGGAAGUCACUUAUUAUAAAAAUGGUGGACUUUGAGGAUAAGGGAACAUACACUUGUGAAGUUAGUAAUGGAGUUGGCGAAUUGAAAUCUUACUCUAUUAAUCUGGAUGUAUUGGCCCUUCCAUACUUUAUUGAAGAACCUGAAGUAAAAAUAGCAGCGGAAGAUGAAACGGUUGAAUUCCGUUGUGUAGCCGGUGGCGUUCCAGAACCAGAAAUAAAAUGGAUUUACAACGGGAUGCCGAUCGAAAAAGCUCCUAAAAACGAUCGAAGAAGAAUCGAACACGGGCGACUAAUCAUCGAACGUCUCACGAAAAACGACACUGCGAAUUACGGUUGCAACGCAACAAACUCUUUGGGUUACGUAUACAAAGACGUUUAUGUUAACGUUCAAGCUUUGUCACCAGAAAUUACUGAAGCACCGAGAGACACUGAUGUAGUGGAUAAUCAAAGUAUUAAUUUGACUUGUAAAGUUAUGGGUGCCCCUAAGCCAACCAUAAAAUGGAUUCAUAAUGGACAAGAGUUGACUGGAGGAAGAUUUAAGGUUCAGGAUAGCGGAGAUUUGCUUAUUAAUGAUAUCCAGUUUGGUGAUCGAGGAAACUACACUUGUUUUGCGAAGAAUAAACAUGGGCAGACGAGUGCGAGCGCUAAAUUAGAAGUGAAAGCUCAUACGGUAAUAACGGAUGGCCCAGAAGACUACGAAGUGGAAUCGGGUACGCGAGCAACUUUUCGCUGUAAAGCACAUACAGAUGAAUCACUAGAUCUUGAUAUAAUAUGGCUGAAACAUGGGGAACCGAUAGAUUACGAUGCCGACCCGCGAUUUGUAAAAUCCAGCGAUUAUUCUUUAAUUAUCACCAAAACCAUCGAAUUGGAUUCUGGCAAUUACACUUGCCUUGCUAGAACUGAAUUAGACGAAGCCUCGGCAUCGGCCCAAUUGAUAGUCCAAGAUGUCCCUAACGCUCCUGGAGAUAUUACCGUUGAAUGUAAUACAAUGGACGCUACUGUCCAGUGGCUACCAAAAGGUGACAAUAGGGCACCUAUUUCUUAUUAUAUUAUCGAAUAUAAUACCAGCUUUACCCCAGACACAUGGAAGAUCGCUUAUAAUGAAGUACCAGCUGUCGACACUAGCUAUACAGUUCCAAUGAAUCCUUGGGCAAAUUACACUUUUCGUGUGAUAGCAGUAAAUAAAAUUGGAAAAUCUUUACCUUCACCGCAUUCAGAUGUCUGCACUACUCCUCCAUCUGUGCCUCAUAAAAAUCCAGACAAUGUUAAAGGCGAAGGAACUGCCCCAGACAAUCUAGUGAUAUCUUGGAAUCCUAUGCCACAAAUUGAGCACGCUGGUCCAGGAUUCAAAUAUCGUGUUUAUUACAAACGGGAUAUUCCGGGGAAAGAUUUCGAAUCUCCACACGAAAUCAGCGAUUGGACAGUCAAAGAAUUAUUGAUUCCGGAUCAGAACUCGUUCCAGAGAUAUGUUAUCAAAGUAUUGGCGGUCAACGAUAUAGGAGAAGCAGAUGUUUCACCCCAGGAGGUUAUUGGUUAUUCUGGAGAGGACGUGCCAUUAGAAGCACCAAAGAACUUUACAAAUUUGGGAGUAAUGAGUGGCACCAAUGCUUUAUUCAGUUGGCAACCUGUGCCAUUAGAAUCAGUUAGAGGUAAUUUCCAAGGUUACAAAAUCCGAACGUGGACAGACGAGGCUCCUCAAAAUUUCAACGAGAUCCAAGUUCAAGGCAAAAUGACAAGAGCUCUAAUUUAUACCCUGGUGCCGUUUACUCAAAACUAUGCCCAAGUUUACGCUUUUAAUAAAAAGUACAACGGGCCACCUAGUGAAACCUUAAGUUUCCGAACUCCGGAGGGUGUACCUGGUGAUAUCACUAUGGAUCCCCCGAUAAAAUUGGGACAGUCUGCCUUUAUUUUAAGAUGGCGAAAACCAACUAGACCAAACGGAAUUUUGACUGGAUAUAACAUUUAUUAUGCUCAAGUUGAUGGCACGAAAUCUGGGGCGAAAAUUCCGAGGACUCCGCAAAUCAAUGAUCCAAACAGAUUAACUGCAAAACUGGCUGGGUUAAAACCAGAGACAAAAUAUCGAAUAUUUUUGACCGCGACAACAGCAGCUGGAGCGUCCAAAGAGUACUUCCUAGAAGCUGAGACCAGGUCUCAAAGGUUCAUGCAACCAGAUAAACCAUCAUUUAGAUGGGAACCUUUGAGGGAUCCCGGUAAACCUGCUUCUUCUGUUAGGGUGACUUGGUUGCCCAACGAACAUGGUAAUCCUGGAUCACACUUUUAUGUUAAAUAUAAGAAAAGGGGUGAAUCUGGGUAUUUGAAGACUCCUCCAGAAAAAAAUGAGGACUUUAUGGAUGUUGAUGGCCUAGAAAAUGGUGAAACAUAUGAAAUGAUUGUGGUCUCAGUGGAUGGCGAGUACGAAAUAGACAGCGACCCUCAAGACGUAUACACAAACGACAGCCCCAUUAUUAGUAGCAGCGCUAAGGAAGCGGUCGCCACCGCUGGUUGGUUCAUUGGAAUGAUGUUGGCGAUCGUAUUUCUACUCUUGGUGCUGAUCAUUGUGUGUAUCGUUAAGCGAAACCGAGGAGGAAAGUACGCAGUACACGAACGAGAACAACAAAAUGGCCGACGUGAUUAUCCGGAAGAAGGUGGCAAUUUCCACGAGUAUUCUCAACCGUUGGACACUAAAUCUCAUGGACGAGCCUCGAUGAGCAGUGAGCAUAAAGUCGGUCCUGAAAGUGACACUGACUCAAUGGCUGAGUACGGAGAUGGAGAUACAGAGGGUAUGAACGAGGACGGUUCCUUUAUUGGCCAAUAUGGCCGGAGAAAAGGUCAAGGCGAAACAACGUCACAAGGGUUGGCGACGCUGGUAUAAUUAUUGUGUCGCUUCACUGAAGAUGGCUCAUUCAUCGGUCAGUACGUACCUAGUAACAUGAAGCAAAUCAGUCCUGCUGGCGCACCAGGAACCACCAGCAGCGCCAUGGCAACAUACGUUUAAACGAAUAUUUCCUUGUAACUUUUAUUGUGGUGUUAUUAUUUAUAAUUUGGCUUCAAAAGCGGAUUUUAGAUCUUGUGUGUUAAUCAGUCAAAAAUCAAACGUUACUUAUGCAGCAAUGAUCAAAACAUGAAUUUAUUUAAAAUGCGCUUUUGAACUAUUAGGUUAAGGAGUGUAAGGGGGGAGAGCGAAAAAUCUAUUCAUGCAAAAGCAAUUUCUAAUGAAACAUCUAUUUUGGCCUAUAUUUCAGUUACAAAAAUUAUCAGAGUCCUCACUUACAUUCCUUUUAGGAUAUCUUAUAUAAUAUUUUGAUUCUACUAUGGUAGCGUGCUAGAAAUUUAUUUAAUUUGUGGUUUUGUCACCGCGGCAAUUCGUCCAUUUCCCUUUAAUUAUUUAUCACGAAUCAAAAUAUGAGUUUAAUAUAUUGUAUAGUAUAUAAUGUUUUGUUGUUCGUUGCAGUUUAAAAUAUUGACUAGUAUGAUCUUUUAAAUUGUAAUAGUUUUGUUACUCGAGCUUAUUCCUUUGUAUUAUAUUUGUAGGUCCCCUAAGGUAAUAAUGCUUUUAAUACUAUGAAGACAUUGAUUUUUAGUCAUUAAGGGCAACCAAGACUUCAAUUAUGUUGGUGUAUAUUUUAAAUCACUGCCUUUAAUUUAAAUCAGUUAAUUCAUAUCAAUGAGAAAGUACAGUUUCAAGCAGUCACAUGCACCAGCACAACUUUUUUAAGACUGAAAUCUCACUUUUUAUUUUGGUUCAACAUCAAUAUAUUUGUAGAGACUGCUUGAUACGUUCAUUGAUGCAUGCUAUGACUGCCAAGCAACUGUUUCUUUAAAUUAGUCCUUGGAUGUCCCAAAUAUUCAUCUAACAUCACAGGGUACAUUUUUGGCUCUUCAAACAACCUUUGAAAUGUUUCAAUUUUAAACCGGAUCAUUCUCGAUUAACUAAAAUCUCAUUUUGGUAAUUUAUAUAAUAAUAUGUAUAUUUUGCGUUCGUUAAUAAUAUUCUUAAGUGGCCUUUGCUCUCUCUAUCUCUGUUUUGCGCUUUAGGUGGCGAAAAACCUAAUACGUAAAAAUUUUAAAAAAGCUAUUUUUCUGAAUAUUAUAAAGCCAAACUCAAGUUGUCGGAGUUGUGUCAAUUUUUGGAUACAUUAAGGGACGGUGCUAUUUUAGUGAUUAUAUAUUUGUUGCAUACUGUUGCUUGUUAACGUGUUUCUCUCCAUAUUUAUGCAGCUGCUGUUCUGUGUUAAUUAACAUUGGAACAAAACAACGCAAUUGAAUGGUUCUUUUCACUUUUCGAUGUUUAUGUUGAACUGCUAAUAAAUCGAUUUGGUCAUCAGUACUAUCAUUUGCUUUGUUUUGUUCUAGUGUCAUGCUUAAAAUUAUUUUAUUCCGGUUAUAAAUUAUGUAUCAUCCUUCUAGAACAUCGUAAAACACAGAAGGGCGGCCUUAAUUAGUGAAUGACCCAAUGAGUGAGAAGUUUAUCAGAUUCACCGGUUGCUAAUUAAGAAACAAGUAUAUGUCGAUCAUAGCCCUAGCUGAAAUUGAUACAUGGCUAUGUUUUAAAGGCUACUUAAUUUGUGAGCAAAAGUUUUAGUUUAGUUUUACUUUGAGGCUUUUUUGUUAAAUAAAUUGUGAAAAUUGAAAAAAAAAAUAGCUUUUGCCUGCAAAUUAAUAUCCUAUUACGAGUGUUUUUCAACACUCAAAAAAUAUAUUGACCCAGAAAAUUGGUCAAUUAUCCUUGACAUUUAUGAGCGAGCUUCUUUAUUAAACAUUUAUAUAAAUAAAUAUAUAUAUAUAUAUUAUAAAUAUUAGAUAUGUCAGCUUUUUGUACGUAAAGGUAAUUUUUUCUUUGUUUUUUUUUACGUAUGCACUGUUUUGAUAAGGUAAUCGUCGGAUCAAUGCACUGUUGGGUAUUAGGUAAGAUUUCGAAUAUUUCUAAUCAAGUAGAAAUUUAAAAAUAUCUGCUUUACUAUUACGAAAUAUAUUUAGGAUUAUUUUUUUAUUGUCUUGUACAAAUUACGGGUUCUGCUAAAAGUCGCGCCUGAGAUGCGGCUAGUUUAAUUUGUACUGUACAGAUAUGAUUUUUUUCUUUUGAUAAGCUAUUUAUUUUUGUAUUGAAGUACGUUGAGCGAGAUUUUUUUUUAAACACAUCCAUUGCUAAGCAACUUCUCUUGCCCUCGACGCUUCGUGAUUAUUUUGAUAUUUAUAACGUUAUGACAAUGAUUUUUUUUCGAUAAUAAGUUUCGUAAUUUAGAUUUUUUUUUAAGCAGAUGAUUUCAAAGAUAUUUGUUCUUUUGUGCACUAAUAUAAUAAUUUAAAUAA